AGAUUGUCUUCCUUUUAUAAGUAUCUUGUCGGUGGUUUGCGGAAUGAGAAUCCAAUAUGGCAGCCAUCGUGAUAUCUGCAGAAGUCAGUGUCGUGGAAAUGUUUUGAACUCGUUGAGUAAUCGUGACAACCGGUCGACAUACUACGCAUAGACGUAUUUGAAGCACAAACUAAAAUACCAACGACACGUGCUUCACUCAGCGGUUCCAGUAGAACAGUAGAUUAGUUAGCAUCUAAUAAUUUGCUAAUUUACUAACGACACUUGUUGAAAACCUGAUCUUCUGAAAGAAACAUCGAACAACCAUGGGAAAGCAGAACAGCAAACUAAAACCAGAAGUCUUAGAAGAUCUCAAACAAAAUACUGAAUUUACGGAUGCGGAAAUUCAAGAGUGGUACAAAGGAUUCCUAAAGGACUGCCCAAGUGGACAUCUUAGUGUAGAAGAAUUUAAGAAGAUAUAUGGAAAUUUCUUCCCUUACGGUGACGCUUCAAAGUUUGCAGAACAUGUAUUCAGAACAUUCGACGCAAACGGCGAUGGAACAAUUGACUUUCGAGAAUUUUUGUGCGCUCUGAGCGUAACAUCUCAUGGUAAAUUAGAACAGAAAUUGAAAUGGGCCUUCAGCAUGUAUGAUCUUGAUGGAAACGGCUAUAUUUCGCGACAAGAAAUGAUGGAAAUUGUAACUGCAAUCUACAAAAUGGUAGGUUCCGUGAUGAAAAUGCCGGAAGAUGAAUCUACACCUGAAAAAAGAACCGAUAAAAUAUUUCUACAAAUGGACAAGAAUAAAGAUGGAAUAUUAUCACUUGAUGAAUUUAUAGAGGGUGCAAAAAAUGACCCGUCUAUUGUGCGACUGUUGCAGUGCGAUCCGAGUGCACAAGCUCAGUGAAGCCUUGGGCCGAUCCGCAAGUAUUACUGUAUCAUCUAUAUACGUGAAUCGGGAACCGAUCCGAUAGUACCCCAUAUAAAAAAAACAUUACGAUCAUAAGGAACAUGCAGAACGUUUUUGUUGAACUAUUUAAUUCAUUUUAAUACUAAUUUUUCAUAACAUUUUUAAACAAUUUGCUUAUUUUCAUUUAUUUUCCAUGUAAUAAUUAUUUUAGUUCGCAAAAACUAAGAAAUAAACAACGUACAUUUUCUUCAUGAACGUAAAUGUUGUUUAAAAUCAUAGAUAAUAAGGAAAGGUGAUAUUUUUAAAUUGGACCGGUUCCCGGAAAGGUCCAGGGCCACUGGGCCCAUGGCGCUUGCGCAUACCGCAAGCUAGUCUAUAAGACUAGUCCAGUUGCUCCGUCUCAUAAACGGAUCAGUUUUAAACAAAAAGGCUUAUUACGUUUUUGGACGUAUUAAUCUUCGUGUGCUGCGUACGACGAAGGACCUGCAGAGCUAUCCACACUCUGUGAUUUGAAAAAAUAUCUUAGUCCAUAGAUAGAACCGAGAAUCUGCUUCAUCCAACGUUGAAAAUCACAACACUGUUGAUAAAUUUAAUGUCUAUAACAGUGAUCCUCAUCUUUGUUCGGUUACAUGUAAUAAUUAACGAAAUAUUAAUUGUUAUAUGUACAUAAAAUAUUCUGUAUUCUUGCACUGUUUGUCAAGUUUGAAAUUCAACUUUAACAAAUUUAAUAGUUUUACUUACGUACAUACAAGCACCAUGGUUUGUCACAGAAAUGUACGAUUUUUCUAAUUGUUUUUGAUUAUGCUGAUAAAUAACGAUAAAAUAUUUCAAUACAUUUUUUAGCAGUUGUCUUUAGUAAAAAUUCCCGCCAUAUUCAAUUUAAAAUUCAAUUGAGUAUUAAACACGAUAUUUGAUUUUUAUCAGCUAUUGUAUACAGCAUAUGUCUCCUAUUUUAUAGUCACGUGCAAUGGAUUUACAGUUGUCUGUGUGUGAUGUAUACAAUGAUUCCUUCAGUUUCAAAUUUUUACGUAUAUCAUUUUUCUUUAAGAAUAUACACGAUCCAAUGUGAAGGAUAUUCUGAAGUACAGUUACUUUAUUUCAAAAUUUCUACUUGUAUUAUAUUAUUGGUACGAAUCUAAAAAUAGACACAUUCUGAACUUUAUGUAAAAAAUUAUUAAAAUGAAAAUUUGGAUCAAUAUAAUGCAAAACUGUGAAUUAAAGUAUAUUAUUAAAUAUGUUACAAAAUUUUUUUAAUUGCACUGUUAGAUCUACUAUAGUAAUUAAUUAUUUGAAAUACAAUAUUUUUUACUAUU